AUGGCUCGUAUCCAGAUCCCCAUCGACGCCUUGACGUCCCGCCUCGGCCUCCAGGACCGCUUUAACAGCAUGCGCUCCGGUGGUUUGAGCGGCCGCUUCGCCAACCUGCGACCUGUUUCCGAGUUCUUCGACAUGAAGCGCCUAUCCAAGCCCGCCAACUUUGGAGAGGUCCAGUCGCGAUGGAACUACAACCUUUCCUACUUCUCCAGCAACUACAGUGUUGUCUUCUUGAUGCUCAGCAUCUACGCCCUGUUGACCAACUGGGUCCUGCUGUUCGAUAUCAUCUUCGUCAUUGCAGGCAUGUUCCUCAUUGGCAAACUCGACGGUCGUGACCUCGAGAUCGGCUCCUUCAAAGCUACCACCUCCCAGCUCUGGACCGGUCUCCUCGUCAUCUCCGUGCCCCUCGGCCUGCGCGGGCGGAGGAAUGAGGGAGCUGCGCAACAGCCAUCCUGGGAGGAUGGAAGGAGGGUUGUAGAGGAGUUGGAGACGGAGGUGGAUGAUUCGGAUACACAAGGCGUUGGUUUGGUUUCGCGCGGCCAGCGGUUCGCCAGCGACCCGCUCCGCUUUACAGGUACGGACUUGGGUGACAGGGUCGCCGCGUUGCGGAGAGGGCACAACUAUCAACACUCGGAUGACGACGAGGACGAGGACGAGGACGAUAGCGAAGAUGAUACUGACGAGGACUCGUCUGACGAAGAGGAAGACGACGUGGACUGGGAACAACUGUCGCCGCGGGAGCGGGACGACGUACUGGCCCAAAGAGCUCUUGCCCGCGUCCGGCGCGCACAAGAACGAGGCAAGCUUGAGGUGAACCUGAGCAAAGAUGAAAUGGCAGCCCUCGACCGGCGGAGGAAGCGCUUGGAAAAGGAAGCACGUAAACAGGAGCGCAGACAGCGCCGGGAAAGGGAGCAGCGUUUCGCCAUCCCGCUAUCCCAGUUCGAGCCGCCGACUCGCAGACGGGAGCCGCCGAUGGCCGCCGAGGACGACUUGCCGCGUCAUCCCUCUCCCGGCACGUUCGCCGAGGUGCAGACGCGAGAUGCCAUGCCGCCCAUGGGCUACUUUCCACCUCCCAACGCCUCUCGCGCUCGGCCCCGCUCAGCAACUUCGGCCUCCCAGCGACCCACGCCUCGCAUCGUGGGCGAGAGGGGCUCGUCACCGUUCAAUUAUGCGUACGUACAAGGUGGUGCCGCUCAGCGCCAUCCUUCCGAUUCUGCCAACUCUCGAAGAGGACCUCUGCCAUCCGAAGAAGGAUGGGGUCCUGCUCCAAACAUGUCGCCUGCUUCGUCCACGUCGUCCAUGUCCAAAUCGCAGUCAAACGUGGAUCCCUUCCAGUUCCAAGUCGAGGGUCCUCGGGUUGCUGCUUCGCGGCGGAACGUCUCGGGCUCUACUGAUGGACAGCGAACUUCAGUCGCACCCCCGGUCGGGCGAGGUUCCCGGACUUCACGUGGUCCGCCACCCGAGGAGGACAGCAGCGAGGAGAGUAGCGAAGAGAGCACCAGCGACGACACGGGCAGCGGUGCUCAGAUCGCUCAGCCGCCGCCGCUACCGCCACCGCCACAGCCGCCAAUGACGAGGCGUGGCCGCAAGGAGGCCGUUGCCGUCGAAGAGGCCGUUACCCGCGAGUCGGCACGUGAGGUUUCGCGGGGCAAGAAGUCUGCCAACCCGUCGCCGUCCAAGAGGAAGCCCGCAAGUAGUCGCCGGAAGAAGAAAUAG